AUGGACAAAUCAUUCUCUUUUGAUUUUCUCUCUCACAAGAAGCCACUGAGACUAUUUGGAAUUGAGCUGAUCAACAUCUCAGCAGAUCAAGAAAAUGAAUCAGGACACUCUCAAAUGACCCGCCUGUGUGGGGGUCUGGGUGACAGACCAAUGAGAACGUUCCACUGCCAGUACUGCUUCAAGGAGUUCACUAACUCACAGGCACUUGGAGGUCACCAGAAUGCUCACAAGAAAGAGAGAUUGAAGAAGAAGAAACUCCAAAUACAAGCUCAAGCCUCCAGUCUUCAUAGCUACCUUCAAAACUAUUUUAAUUCCCAUUUUGCCCUUGAAUUUGAAGGGUCCCACAUCAGUUUCCGUACCACUGAUCAUCUUGAGUUCCAUCAUAAUGGCCGUGUGGUUGCUGCAUCUGAUCCUCCCUCUGCUUCUGAAUUUCAUCUCUUUCCAUUUCUCUAA